ACUCCUCGUAUCGUCUGAGGUCUUGUUGGCUCGCUCUCCUUUCAACUCCUCCGCUCAUUCCUUGUGUGUGUUUUUGCGGAUACCCUCAGUCAACAUGUCGAUUCUCAGGACGAUCGCCCCCUUCAUGAGGGCGGCCCGGGCCGGUGCCAGCACCAACCCUCUCAUGACCAUGAAGUCUCCCAUGCUCAACUUCAACCGCUCCUACGCCUCCGUCUUCCAGCGUACCAAGCCUCACGUCAACAUUGGUACCAUUGGUCACGUCGAUCACGGCAAGACCACCCUCUCUGCCGCCAUCACCAAGCGCCAGUCCGACAAGGGCCUCGCCAGCUUCCUCGACUAUGGCUCCAUUGACAAGGCCCCCGAGGAGCGCAAGCGUGGUAUCACCAUCUCCACUGCCCACAUCGAGUACUCGACCGACAACCGCCACUACUCCCACGUCGACUGCCCGGGUCACGCCGAUUACAUCAAGAACAUGAUCACUGGUGCCGCCUCCAUGGAUGGCGCCAUCAUUGUCGUCGCUGCUUCCGAUGGUCAGAUGCCCCAGACCCGUGAGCACUUGCUCCUCGCCCGUCAGGUCGGUAUCCAGCGCAUCGUCGUCUUCGUCAACAAGGUCGAUGCCAUUGACGACCCCGAGAUGUUGGAGCUCGUUGAGAUGGAGAUGCGUGAGCUCCUCUCCAGCUACGGUUUCGACGGUGAUGAGACCCCCGUCAUCAUGGGUUCCGCCCUCUGCGCCCUCGAGGGCAAGCGCCCCGAAAUCGGUGUUGAGAAGAUCGAUGCCCUCAUGCAGGCCGUCGACGACUGGAUCCCCACCCCCGAGCGUGACCUCGACAAGCCCUUCCUCAUGUCCGUUGAGGAUGUCUUCUCCAUCGCCGGCCGUGGUACCGUCGCCUCUGGCCGUGUCGAGCGUGGUACUCUCAAGCGCGACCAGGAUGUCGAGAUUGUCGGCAAGGGUACCGAGAUCAUCAAGACCAAGGUCACUGAUAUCGAGACCUUCAAGAAGUCCUGCGAGGAGUCCCGCGCCGGCGACAACUCCGGUCUCCUCCUCCGUGGUAUCCGCCGUGAGGACAUCAAGCGCGGCAUGGUCGUUGUCGCCCCUGGCUCCGUCAAGGCCCACACCAAGUUCCUCGUCUCCCUCUACGUCCUCUCCAAGGAGGAAGGUGGUCGUCACACCGGCUUCCAGGCCAACUACCGCCCCCAGAUGUUCAUCCGCUCCGCCGACGAGUCCGUCUCGCUCACCUUCCCCGAGGGUACCGAGGAUGCCGACUCCAAGAUCGUCCAGCCCGGUGACAACUGCGAGUUGGUUGCCACUCUCUGCCACCCUAUUGCCGUCGAGGCCGGUCAGCGUAUCACCGUCCGUGAGGGUGGCCGCACCGUCGCCACUGGUAUCAUUACCCGCAUCAUGGAAUAAGCUAUCAACUACUCACUGUGAGAUGUUGAGGUUGUAAAAAGCUAUGUAAUGAUAUAUCACGCCGAACCGAAUCUAGACGAGCCCCGGUAAGGUAGUAAAACACACACACGCACAUAUGCAAGGAAAAAGGGACCGCGAGCCGCCAAAAGAAGCGGGUUUGCUGUCAGGAGUUCAAAGAGAAAUAUACCUACAGUGUACGAUGUAAAGCAAUGAAUGUUUAUGGAUCUGAAAUGCCUUUUUUUUUAUGUAUUUUGUACAAAGAGUGUUUUGGGCCCAAGUGAUGAUCUCUCCCCUCAUAUUCUUCUCUUAUUG